ACCCUGGCCAGUAUAAAAGCUCGCCACAGAACGGAGAAGAACACAAAGCGUCUCUUUUCAUCGAAUUCAAUGGCUUUCUGGGGAGUUGAAGUGAAGCCAGGAAAGCCUUUCACUCUCAAGGCGGCUACUAAUGAUGCCAAAAGACUUCACCUUUCCCAGGCGACAUUGGGGCUUAGUAGUUCGGGAACAAACAGAAGCAUUCUUCAGUGUAACGUUGGGAACAAAAGUCCACUCUUCCUGUGUGUCCUGUCUCCCGAAAAGGUUGAUUCCUGCCAACUCAACAUCGAGUUUCAAGAAGCUGAGGAUGUUAUCUUCUCUGUCAUCGGUCCUAGGAGUGUUCACCUCACUGGCUACUUCCUUGGAAGGAGUAGCACCGCCGGUUUGAGCCUAAAUGAUGACGAAUCGGAGUCGUUUGGAGAAGACAUUGUUGACACAGACGUGGAGAAAGGGAGCAGUGAUGAUUAUGACUACAGCGACAGUUUCAUUAAUGAUGAUGCUGAUCAUCCAUCUUCUACUGACGAUGAUGACUUGACUGUUAAGGAGAGGGUAGCUAAAACAAAGGCAAAGAAGGGAAAGAAAAGACUAAGGAAGAAGUUUCAAGUCUCUGAUUCGGAUUCUGAUGAAACAUCGGCCAGAGCGGCCAGUGAGGACUCCGUAGAGAUACUUAACGGCGAUAAUGACCACAAGACCCCGAAGGUCCUUUCUUCAGAGGUUCCUUUGCCUUCAAGGGUCACGAGGUCGAAGGCAAGAUGUUCGACUUUGGAAAAUGGUGAGAAGACAUCAGAAGCAACAACUCACACACACAAGGAUGUGGAUAAUAAAAAGGAGGAGAAACCAUCUGGGGACGUUGAACCUUCUCCCGUUAAGAACGGCUCUGAAGUGCUUUCGAAGAAGGAGAAGAAGAAGAAGAAGAAAAGAAACAAGGAACCAGUUGUUAUUAACACAGACGAAGAUAUGCCUGGAAGUCAGAAGCCAGAGACUGACAAAGCAAUUGAAUCAUCAGCUGAUGUAACUCUGUCAAAGAAAAAGAGGAAAAAAGAGAGGAGAGAGGAGACUAGAGAGAGGAAGAAACAAGCUACCGAAAAGAACAUGGAGAAAGAAGCUAGUAGUACUAAGAAACCACCAGAAUCAGAGCUUUCUCCAAAUGAGGUGACAGUUGAAGAGAUUGAAAAAGGGAAGUCAGAUGGUAAAGUAGCUGUUCAAGGGAAAAAGGUCAGCAUACUCUAUACUGCGAAGUUGAAGGACACUGGGAAAGUGUUUGAAUCAAACUUGGAAGGAUCUCCAUUGAAAUUUCGCUUAGGUGGAGAAAAGGUCAUAAAAGGUCUCAGCAAUGGUGUUUCAGGGAUGCGAGUUGGUGAUAAGAGAAGACUUAUAAUUCCACCAUCUCUUGGAUACUCAGAGGAAGGAUUGAAGAAGGAAAAUGUGCCUAAGAACUCGUGGCUUGUCUAUGAAGUAGAGGCAGUAAAAGUGAGAUGAUGCCAUUGGCUCUUUUUGACCUUUUGAAACAAACAAGCUUUAAGCUUCUGCCCUGAGUCAUCUAGUUGUCUCCUAUUGCCUCCAUUUUUUUCUUAUUAUAUCUCUCUCUCUCUCUCUCUACUCAGCCUUCGAUGAAUUGACUUGUCACUUUUAUCAUUUUUCUCGCAACAAUCUGAAUCCAGCAAAAAAGAUAAACACUUUCAUUCUAUGAUCACCAAGAUUGUUCAUUUUUCUCACAACAAUCUAAAUCCAGGAAAAAGAUAAACAUUUUCAUUCUAUGAUCACCAAGAUUGUUUCAUUUCAAAGUUCGAAAUCAGAGAAAGAAGACAUGAUCUAUAAGUUGAACCAAAAAAAGAAAUGAUCUAUAAUAAAAUCAAAUAACUGCUCUGGCCUUUUGUCGGUUGAUUCCAAAAGUUUAUUGGUCGAUUGAUCGAAAGAAGUAGAAAAAGCUUGUAUCCUUCUUUGUUUUGGUUGAAAACAAAGUUUAACAACCUUUCAACAGUAGGUCGUUUUCAUCAUCUCAAUCCCAACUUAACCAAAGCUGAACUGGUCAAUUCUCUCGGUUACCAAACCAUUCCAUUUAAGACUGAUACGGCCUUACCAAAGACGAGCUAAGACGCUUGCAUUAGACUUGUGUAUACACGUGAAUUGCUCAUGGUCCUUUAAACUUGCAAGUAACAAUUACAUUACAGUACCUUGUAAUUUUCAUAAAGUAAAAAAAUGUGUUUACCAAAAAAAAAGGUCUUACUACAUAAAUUCUUCAGAUGAAGGCUAGAGCAAAUGAAAGACUGAGAAAAAGGCAACUCUGUUUUCCUACUUUGUGUUGCUUCAAUAGAUAAUUA